CAUGGGAUUCGGUCGCGCGAAAAAAUAGUUUCGCUUUUGGUGUGAACGCACCUUUACGCUCACAUUCACAUCUGCAUAGAGCCUCCUAGCAACAUGCGAUGCAUGUCUUUAGUCUGAAGGAGGAAGCUGGAGAACCCGGAUCGAGCCCACUCUCCACAGAAGGACCGUCCAUAUUUUACAAUGUGCAUUUCUUCAGCCCGCUGCCUAAAAGUGUUUAUGUUUGCGACAAGAGCUAGUUUUUGUUGGCCUAUAUUUAAUCAAAUCAAGGAGAUAUGCUAUUACAAUUAGACAUGUCUUUCCUAAACCAAUUACAACUACAGUCAUACUCUCAAGGACCUUAAUGUAUUGUUACACAUUCAAAUCACCGAAAGAUAAAGGCUUAAAAACGGCAACUGCCCCGAACAGUUGCAGCUGCCACAAACAGUUGCAACUGUCGCGACAAGUCGUGGCAACUGAGCUUGCAGCAGGAAGUGCACAGCGAGCGCCGCUGCCACAAUUUGAGCCAGCUGUUACUGAAAAAAGUACGAACACUUACUAUAACAACAACACUUAACUAUACUAACGUUGAUUAAGUCCAAUAAUUCUGCAUUCAAACCUUUUAGAGGCUGUGGUUUGUGGUGCUUGUUUAUUUUAAUGGCGUUUUACUGACAGUUGUUUCUAGUAUUUUGUCCACUGCAUUUAUAUCAAUGAAGGUAAACUAAAUAACAGAAACUGGCAAGUCAAAAAUGAUUUUUAUUCAAUGUAGAUAGAAGCAAUAAAGGACAAAAACAGAUGAAGAUAAUUGUAAAUAAAUAACAAAUAAAGUAAUUCAUAUUCUGACAAUCUAAGUAUAUUCAGAAAGGAAAAAGGGCGGAACCACUCCGUCUGGAACACAAGAUAAGCAGACACGCAGCGACGCAGUAAAUAAGUGAUGGUUCACAGAAUGCCUGAUUGUUAUCAUAAUUAAAUGUAGUGAACACAUAGUACCGUAAAGGGCACAUAAACAUUAUAUUAUCAGUAUUGAAAUGCUGUGUUACACCUUUGAUCUAUCAUAAAUCAAGAGCAAAGUACAACUGUAUCAAAAGUGUUCUCAAAGAUAUCGUGAACUAUUUAAAAAAACUUUUUCUGUAUCUUUUACUGUUCUCCAUAUCUUAUGUGCUAUCUGGUCUAUGAUUUUCUCCUGCAGGUGCUGAAGGCCAAAAUCCGACAAAAGAAACACUGACAUGGCUCCGACACUGUAUGAUGAGAAACCAGAGGUUGGAGACUUGAUCGAGAUCUUCCGGGGUUCCUAUCAGCACUGGGCUGUGUAUGUUGGUGAUGGCUUCAUUGUCCACUUGGCACCACCCUCAGAGGUCCCGGGUUCAAGCGCCAACAGGAUAAUGUCUGUUGUAGCUGAGAAGGCUCUGGUGAAGAAAGAGGAGCUGUGGGACGUGGUGGGCAGCGACAGGUGGGAAAUCAACAACAGCCUGGACGAGAAGUACAAGUCCCGCCCGGCUCACGUCAUUGUGAGGGAGGCCUGUGCGAAGGUGGGCGAGGAAAUGCCGUUCUGCGUCUUCAGGGGGAACUGUGAGCACUUUGCAACGGAGAUGCGCUACGGAAAGGCUGAGUCUCGUCAGGUGCGUAAGGCCGGAGAGACUGUCGCUGUGGCCGGCUUGGCUACAGCGGUGUUUCUGGGUAUCGCGUAUAUGUUUUCUGGCAGCAAAAAAGAAAACAAGAACACGGAGUGAUUAAAGUUCUGGAUCAUCUGUUCAGGGAUUUGAUGGAAGUAUCACCAGCAAAGCCUAACUUGUACUUAUUAUUAAUGAUUUUCAUCUUGCCUCCUUGACCCUGUGUCUCUUAUGCCUUCUUAAGUUUGAUGAUGAGUACAAAGCUGGUUGGUUUGAGAUCAACGCCCUGUGUUUUACAGACUUUUUAAGAUGUCAGCACAUAUGAGCAGAUGAACACCAUUAAAAAAUUUUUUUUAAAGCUCCAAAGAUGCAAUAUGUAUAAAUGUUUAAAUUGGAACUGAACAUUUUGAAGACAAGUAUUAAUAUAUAUUUAUAUUUGAAGGACGCGGUUGGGCUAGGGGGGAUGCUUUCUCUUUAUACAAACAAAAAUGGUCAUUGUUAUGAUGGAAUAAUGCUAAUUAAAUUAAACCUAUGGAGAAGAAUCCUAUGUUAAAUUAUCGAAAGAAGAUCAUAUAUAUAUAUUGUGGCUGAACUAAAAGAAAAGCUGUGUAAUGUACUCUAGUUUUCUAUUUAGUGUCAAAGUAACUUGAUAAACCGGGGAUCCUGGGCUGAGAGGAACUAACGCUCCAGCAGUUUUCAUGUGACAUCUCUGAAUAACACUUUGUCUUCCUCUGACAUUUAAUUGUUUGUAACGGUUUUGAAUAAAUAACAAUGUGUGUAAUUCUACAGUAUUACUCUAAAAUCA